UUGUUAUUUGCAGUCAAAAAAAAGGCCACGAUUUUGUAUGAAGAACCUUCGUUCAAUCUUCGUUUGAAACUUGGGGCAUACGACGUUAUCAGAUUUUCAAAUCCUGUUACAUACAGCCCAAAAUCUCUCACUAAUCCUCUGAAUUUCUCGUCAACAAUGGCUUCCAUCUAUUCCUGUGCGGAAUGCGGAGCAAAUCUGAAUCUGAAUUCCAGUCAUCUCUUCCCGCCGGAUUUCUAUUUCGAGGCCGGAAACAAGGGCACGCUUUCGUUUUCCUUGAUCGACUCCACCAAGUUCAGGCUCGAGAAAGAGGACAAGCUCCGCCCAUUCUUCGAGACCGUCAACUAUUGGGGAAUCCAGCGGAAACGCACCAAGAUCAAGUGCAAUUCAUGUGCGCGUCUCGUCGGCUAUGUUUACGACGAUGGGCCUCCUCUCACCGAUAGUCCUGGAGAGCAUUUGGGGAGUUUGAUAGUGAGUACCUCUGUUCAAAGUAUUUGGUUACCACUCUUGAAACUGGAGCAAGACUGGUUUUUAUCCAAGGCUUAACCUGUGCAGAAGACCGAAUAUCUCGGGCAACACAAGGAGGUAGAAACGAGGGAAAAUUUUGCACACCUCUAAACCAAGCUCACAAGCUUUCUUAGCAACCAAAGCAGCUCCAAGCAUUGUGCAAGGAUUGGAGGUCCAGCUUAAGAAAAAUCAGGUUCCUUUUUUUUCUCCCUUUAUGAUUAACUAAAAGGGCUAAUGAUUUUGAAGAGCCGACAAUGAAGUAAGAAUAUGAGGAUUAACAUAGAUCUCUACAUAUAAGAAUAUAAGGAUUAACAUA